AUGUUAGGUAAGCACCAAGGUGUGACCGCCAGGCUUUCUGCAGUAACACCUCAGAUGCAGUCGCUACAUUGUCUUAUCCAUCAAAAUGUUCUGUGCAGCAAACUGAGCAACGAGAUGAAGGAAACAAUGGAUAUGGUGAUGAAAAUAAUCAAUUUCAUUCGAUCUUCGUCAAGUCUUCAGCACAGGUUAUUUCGGCAGUUACUUGAAGAAACGGAAGCAGAUUACAAAGACUUACUUCUGCAUAAUGACGUUCGUUGGCUGAGUAAAGGGAAAGCACUUGAUCGUUUUUGGAGUAUCAAAGAAGAAAUGAUAUGUUUUCUUGGAAACUGUUCCCAUAAUAAAGCAGAAAAGUUUAGGAAAGUAUUACCAACCAUAACUAAUCGAAUGAUAGAUUUAUUAAAAAAGCUUCAGGACAAUUUCAACAACAGAUUUGAAGACUUUAGUAUCCCAAACAAUGUAAUGUUAUUCGUUCGAGAUCCUUUUAAAAUUCCCCCUGCGGGUGAUUUUUCUUCGAAUGCUAAAAAGCUGUUACCCUCUGUUGAUGAAGGUUCUCUGCAGUUAGAACUUGUGGAUAUCCAAAAAAGUGGUACCGUCAAGGUUUGGUCCGAAACGAUUCAACAGGAGCAGUUCCCUAAUGCUAGAAAGGUUACCGUUUUCAUACUCACCAUGUUUGGUUCAACUUUCAAUUGUGAAUCAAGCUUUUCACAUAUGAACAUCAUCAAGACAAACAGUCGGAGCUCAAUGAGCAAUGACAGGCUGCAGGAUUGCAUGAGAAUUGCUCUAACUUCUCACCAACCAAAUUUUAUAAAAUUAGCUCAAAAACGGAAAUGCAACUUUUCCCAUUAA